AUGGAUCCUUUUGCCAGAAAAAUCGCUAUUGAGUCAUGGAUCUUAUAUGGAGUGGGGCUUUUGAUUAUCGGAUGUCGCCUGCUUAUGACGAAAGAGCAUUUAGUUGUGAAAAUUGUUGCGGGAUAUGUAGUGAUCUCCUUUAUUGUCAUUGAGGUCCUUUUCUUGGGAGUCUGGUGCAGGCCGAUCAGCCAUUACUGGGAACUUGAAGCUGAAGACUUCCAAUGUUCCACCUACUUCAACCAUUUGAUUACGACAACCGUUCUCAACAUUUCCUCGGACUUGAUGAUGUUGUGUAUUCCAUUGCCGCUCUUCAUCCGAUCACACUUGCCUCUCAAGCAGAAGGUUGCAGUGUGUGCUGUGUUCAGUCUUGGUGGGAUCGUUGUCUGUGAACCCCAAUACACUCCAGCUGAGAUAAACCGCUGA